GGCCUGCGGGCGGGGGAGGUGAGGGGUGCGGGUGUGAGUGCAUGUGCCUGACUCGGAGCACACCCUGCAAGGCGGCAGCGCCAGGGCGGCGAGCGCUCCCCAGACCCCCGCUGCCUUGCUCGACUCUGGCGAUCAUGUUCCAGCCUGCAGCCAAGCGGGGCUUCACCAUAGAGUCUUUGGUGGCCAAGGAUGGUGGCACCGGCGGCAGCACCGGCAGCGGGAGCUCGGGCUCCCAUCCCCUGGCCGCGACCGCCUCCGAGGAACCACUCCGGCCCACCGCGCUCAACUACCCUCACCCGGGCGCCGCCGAGGCGGCCUUCGUGAGCGGCUUCCCUGCCGCUGCCGCCGCGGGUGCCGGCCGCUCGCUUUACGGAGGGCCGGAGCUCGUGUUCCCCGAGGCCAUGAACCACCCGGCUCUGACGGUGCACCCCGCGCACCAGCUGGGCGCAUCCCCGCUGCAACCCCCGCACUCUUUCUUCGGGGCCCAGCACCGGGACCCUCUCCACUUCUACCCCUGGGUGCUGCGGAAUCGCUUCUUCGGCCACCGCUUCCAGGCGAGCGACGUACCCCAGGACGGGCUGCUCCUCCACGGGCCCUUCGCGCGCAAGCCCAAGCGGAUCCGCACGGCCUUCUCGCCCUCGCAGCUGCUGCGGCUGGAGCGCGCCUUCGAGAAGAACCACUACGUGGUUGGAGCCGAGCGGAAGCAGCUGGCAGGCAGCCUCAGCCUCUCGGAGACGCAGGUGAAGGUGUGGUUCCAGAACCGAAGGACGAAGUACAAACGGCAAAAGCUGGAGGAGGAAGGACCUGAGUCGGAGCAGAAGAAGAAAGGCUCCCACCACAUCAACCGAUGGCGCAUUGCCACGAAGCAGGCCAAUGGGGAGGACAUCGAUGUCACCUCCAAUGACUAGGGGAACAACCACAAGCCCACAAGGGCAGAGCGCUGCUUGCUGCUGGCCAGCGCCCUGGGACUCUGACCAGUCCUUGGUCAGGCUGCAGGGAGUCCUCGAGUCAUAGCCCCACAGGGCUUGGAGCCUGGGGCCAUCACCGGCAGAGGGACAAGAAAUGGGCUGACUGAGGCCUGGGACUGCUCAGCCUUCUCAGUGGAGAGCCUACCCCUUGGCUGGGCUGCCCAUCACUGCAGCCCUCAGCUGCUCUCGUGUCUCUUUAUCUCCUCUUUGUUUUGAGACAUUUCUGUUUUAAUUUAUUUUCCAGGUACCUGCUGUAGUUCUUAGUGAUCCUCUCAUGUCUUCCUUCCCUGUGGGAAUAAUAAAAGUUUCUCUCUUAAUGA